UAAGAGAGGUUGGCUACGUGAGUUGCAAGCGUUGCGCCGUCGAGGGGUUUCUGGCAGCGAGUAACGCGGAUUGGAGACACCCAAGAUGGCAUAAGAGGACGGACCAUGUCCCAAUCGGCUACGAUUUCAUGAUCCCACCAUUAUUUUUAGCAAUCUGCGGAGGUCGAAAAUGCGAUAAACCUGGAAUUUUGUUGUCAAGCAAGGGGGCGGGCUGAGUCCACUGAUUCCGCGCAGCUUGGCGUCCGCGCAAUUUACUAGCGCAAGAUUUCAAUUACUAGCAUUAUGAUCCGAAGUCCUUCUCGUUCAUCGAUUGUUAGAAAUCCUUAAGGCUCGGCCGUUAACUGUGUUUAAUGUCAUGCUCAGUACCAACGUGGAGGACAGGAGAUUACCACCUUUCACCCAGAGGAAACAACAUGGCGAAACACCGCUGUGGUUACGGCACAGAGGAGGAAUCAAGACACUGCUGCCAUACUCUAAUGUCGACGACCGCUUCGAGUGACCGAUUGAAGAGCACGUCUUGAAUAAUAUUCAGUGUACGGCACCGAGGAGCCACGCAAAGGCUAGAUAUUCUUCUCAUUAUCGACUCGGACGGAUUUCUCCCGUGAGUGUUGUAUACUCCAGUGGGUGGUGCCCAAGGAACAGUACUGACUGUACGCCGAGCUCCUGUCGGGAGGGGUUAGCCGGGAACAUGUGCCCACCGCCGCCCGGCUCGCCCCCAUGUUGAACACCUGUGGGCCGUCCUCGGAGCACACACCGUCUGCUCAUCAGGAUUCUCGCGGCCACGGACCAGCAAUGACGUUCAGAAAAAUACGCUCUACCAUACGGCGGUUGGGAAAACGGCAAGAUAGCUUCGACGACAUUUGCAGUGACGUGAAGGUGCCUAUAGCUCACCAAGCUGCUGCUGUCGGGGACAUCGUCACUGUCACAAACGUUAUCAAGGAGGACCCAACAGUGCUGGAGCAGCCCGAUGCUGAUGGGAUGACUCUGCUGUGCCACGCGGUGGCUGGGGGCCAGCUGGACACAGUGAAGCUUCUGCAAAAGAUGGGCGGCAAUAUCAACGUCCAGGACGCUGCAGGGCGAACGCCAUUGGCCAUAGCUGCUUACAUGGGCUGGUACGAAGGUAUCGUGUUAUUACUGAGAAAAGGCGCCAAACAGGACAUUUAUGACAAGAGUGGUCGCCUCCCCAUCCACGCUGCCACAUAUCAAAGUGAAACGAGGUCAAUGGCCAUCCUCAUGCAAAACCUGUCUGAAGAAGACGUCAAUCAACCCGACAAUGAAGGUAUGACGACUUUGCAUUGGGCAGCCUUUCACAACCGUCCUGACGUGGUGCAACUCCUGCUCAUGCGCGGUGCCGACAUCACAUCUAUAGAUAUCGACGGCAAGACGGCCUUACACUGGGCUGCACAGAAUGGUAGCACGGCAUGCUGCAAUGUCAUCCUUGGGGCGACAGGAGGCGCUCACUUAGUCAACACCAUCGACAACACUGGCAAAACAUGCGUUCACCUAGCGGCAGCUGCUGGCCACUGCAGCACCCUGAAAGAGUUGGCAACGUUGAAGUACACAAACUUGGAGGCUUUGGACCCUGACGACAGGACACCCCUUCACUGGGCGGCCGCGUCAGGGCAGGCCAAGUGUGUGGCCCUCCUGCUGAAGCUUAACGUCUGCCCAACACCGAUAGACGCCGAUGGGGGCACUCCGCUAGACUACGCCAUCCAGGGUUGUCACCAAGAGUGUUUGGAUCUUCUAGAAGCCGCCGACAGGGUGUCGGAGGUCGAGGUGGAUGUAGAAAGCGCGGCUAAGACCAUCGAAAUGCAGCAUACCAUCAGCCCAGUGCGCAAAAAACGGUUUGGUUUCCUGACGAACUUCUUUUCUCGUAGAAGCCCGAAAUGCAAGCGAGGUCCGGGCACCGCGGAGGACGAAACCUCUUGCGAGAACCUGGCUGCAGGGAGUGACUCCUUCUAUAGACUACAGUUUGCACCUGAGAUGUCCAGUGGGGGCGACAGUUUUCUCAGUGAAGAAGGCAGGAGUGAUGCGACGGCGGACAAGGACGAUUUGUCCGGAGGAGAGCCCAACAGCAGCUCCAGUCAGGCUGCAGCCAUGGAGGAGACAACUGACAGACAAGGUUUGGAUAUGGAGGAACUAGCCGCUCAGAUACGAUCGGACUUGGUUAUCUCCGACGAUAGAAAGACAAACGCAAAGAGAAACUCGUUAAACAGACGGUCCAUUGACGCGGCGUGUAUACCACUCAUGAGAACGGACAUUGACGCCAACAUACCCUUCUCAAUGCCGCAGGAAGAGGACAGCCGGGCACUGAAAAUUGCAGGGGAUUUUAUGGGGGUGCCGCCUGGCGUUGCAGUUGGGGAUGGCAGCUCCAGGCUAGCCAAAUUGUCCACCAAACUUGCUCCCAUCCAAACCAAUUCUUUCCUGACCACUGUUGAAGAUAACAGUCCAGCAGAGGAUGUGGAAAUACCGUUGCAGAAGUACAGCCGUCUUCCUUCCCCGCCCGCCAUGAAGAGGGAAGAUGAUAACCAGUCCGGCGCGAGUGCUGGGUCCGCGGACGCUCUGGACUCGGGCACGUUUCCUGCGCUGCCCUUGAGAAAUGCGCCGUCCCCGUACGGGAGACUGGACCCCAUCCCAGCACAUCGGGUAGAAAGCUUCACAUCUUCGCGAAUGGAUCGGCCGAAGCACGAGAUAUUGACGAGAAAAAGGUCACGGUCUCAUUCGAACGUGUUGGAACAGAGAGGAGCGAACUCCUUGACGGCGGAGUAUGACCCCCUUCUGGCGUCCAUCGGGAGAGCCAGCAGGCUGUCGACAGUGUCCGGGCCCCCGUCACCGGUAAACACCGUCCCGGCACCACUGGCGCCGCUCAAAGGGCACAGACCGAAAAGAUCAGCUGUAGGCAGUGCUCUGCCACCCCCAGCCAAGAGUCAGCAGCCCGUGCCGCGGUCCGAGAUGAGGAAGCUGACUCAGUCUUGGGAACAUCUCCUCAACCCCGCCCAGGUGGUCAACAAGCCUCGGUCACAAUCCCUCAAGACUCAGGGUGAAAUCGAGCGACACGUCGGCCUCCCGAGGUCCAUAUCGCACGAGCCGGGGAUAGACUGGGCGGAAACAGCACUUUCAUCAGGAAGGACAAAGAAAGGCAGGAAGAAAAGUAAGAAGCCACAAAAGAGACCUGGGGACUCAAGAAAGAUCCAAGAGCACGACGAAGAAUCGUCUGCUCGAGGGCACAGUAUUUUCCCGCCCAUUUUACCUGGACCGCCCGUCCUGUUCAGCGUACAGAACAGAGUAUCGCCAAGGCGAUCACGGGUACCCAGUACGGGUGACGUGGAGGAGGUGACCAGUCAACAGGCCUGUACUAUGGACUCGGAAGGGCGAGAUAAAAAGAAAAAGAAGAAGAAAAAGGAUGCUUCUGAAGUCCACGUCGAGGUUUGUUCUCAUAAGGGCCAUUGGAACGACGAGGAUGAGGACGACGCAGGCGCCAGUGGUAGCAGCGGCGGGAGCGGGAGAGCGGAGCGCAGGGCGGCGCAAGCCGUGGGGACAGUGUGUGAGCGCGGCCCGCAGUUUAGUGGUGGAACACCCUCUGGACAAAUGGGUACUUCUUCAAACACAGUUGCUAUGCACGGUGGGACCAACGUCGGGUCCGACGACAUCCAAAUGGCGGAAAGCCCUACAACACAGUCGCUUAUAAGACAUGAAUGUGAGGCACAGAGAACUUACAAGGACCAAAGUUGUUUAGUUAGGGCGCACCCAAAGCUGGUGAGGACAAGAAGCCCGUGCUCCAAGUGACCAUCGAUCAAGUUCAACGAAUCACAACUGCAAAGUAAGGGUCUGAACGACGUCUCUCAAUAAGACUCUUCAUCAAUUUGUGGUAUGAAACUUUACCUCCUGACUGUGGAGGAAUAUGCAUCUAUGUCCACACGCAUAUCUCCAGAACAUGUGGAUAUUAUACAACGGCUACUGGGUAACCAUUUAUUACCUACAGAACACUUCUUCUGCUGAUCUAUGUCGUCAAAAUGAAUGAAAUGAACGAUUUCACAUUAUUAUGAGGAUGAUUGACCCAUGCUGUGAUAAGAACACAGUCCUGAAAUGGAAACAAUGCAUAACUUAACAGGCGGCGGCAGCAAAUUUCUUUUGUGGGGGCAAAAUAUUGGUGAUAGAUUUGUGAGCAUGUUGUCACGUCCGGUGUUCUGCCUGGCUUUGCCGAGUGGAGUUCAUGUCGGGAGCAACAUUUGCGUGACAUCACAGACCGCCUACCGUGACGACGGACCCUUUCACUAAUUCUCAUAAGCCUACACGAUGACACGGACCAAGCAUUCCCCUUCCUGUUCUUUGCUCUAUUCCCGGUAAAAGACAUGGUAAGAGGGAUAUGCCUUUUACCAAGAAUAGAACAAAGAAAGGAAGGGGGAUGCUUGGUCCGUGUCAAUGCCGACGCUCCCCCAAUACAUUUUCACCAUGUCCAGCGCUUUAGGCGCGAGCCGUCGCAAGGGAGGUUUGGGAACAUUUAAAAUCUGGACCUUUUCACCAUUUCCUGCCUUUUUUGGGGCAAAUUUUGCUGGUGGACUAGCUGGGUUUAUGAAAUUUCUAUUGGUGAAAAAAUACACAUGGGUUUCAGCUUGAUUUUUUGUGGGGGCCAUGUCCCCACAACAUAUUUUUUUGUGGGGGCGACUGCCCCCACUGUGCCGCCGCCUCACAGCACCAAUGAUGUGUGACGUCUUCACCAGGAUGUUGGUCGGCACGUUUGGGUCUUACAUUCCCGCCUAAAUCAUGGGGUAACAAAAUAGGCGACAUCUCCUCGGUACGGGCAAAAUGGUUUUCGCUGCGUUCAAAACAAUGUCAAACUGUGGACCUUCUGUGUGACAGAUUUUGACAAGAAUCAAGAUAUCUAUAAAGGUCUGUAAAAUAUAAGAGCAAUCUAUCUUUAUGGUGGACAAUAGCCAUCUUUUGUACAUUGUGACAUGGUAAUAUUUCUUGUUGACGUACGUUAUGUUGCAUAUCAGUUUGUCCACACUGAGCUUAUAUUAAACCUGAUGUGAGACAAUUCUGACACUGAUUUUGGGACAUAUAAGAGACAACAUUCUAGAAUAUGUCUGCCUUUCAUACAUAAGGCAGUUGGGAAGAGACUUGAGUAAUUUCACUCCGUUUCGCAUAUAAUCAACAUACGUCAAGUUUAAACUAUUUUGGUAAAUUCACACAUUCUAGUUAACAAUUUUGGCAAACCUGUGCAAUCCCGUGUACAUACUAUCCUAUUCAGAUAUGAAUGUCAGAAUUAUCGGACAAACCUAAACAUAUCAUUUUUCGGGUUGUAUAAUGCAAUUGAGUAGUUGGGUGUAACAUGAAAUUUUGAUAACCUUCUUCAGAAAAUUGAUAACCUUCUUCAGAAGUGACAUAUUAGCGUAUGUACUACAGGCCAAAAUUGCGUAUUAAGACUUUUCCAACGAGAAGACAAUCAUGACAACUUGCCUUCAUUUUAAUACUUAGUUCAGUACAUUUCAAAACACAUGCCAAAAUGGACUGGACAAUGUUUAAUAUAUAA